AUGGUGAAAUCGAAGAAAGCAGCUUUAAAAUUAGCGAGAUCAUCGGGUCACAAAAAAACAAGAGAAGUCACAAACAAUCCUUUUGAAAUACAUACAAAUAGACGAAAACAUGAUAUCUUGGGAAGGAAGCUUAAACAUGAUAAGGGCUUACCCGGGAUUUCAAGGUCAAAAGCUAUAAAGAAGGUAAGUAUCACUUUAUAGGGAAAAGAUAAGAGUCCAUUUGGAAGGAAUUAAUCUGUAAUAUCUUGGAUGAAAGGGAACUAUUUAGUUUAAAACCGUUAAAUCAUCAUUACUUUCGGAGAGCCUUCUAUUGUAAGAAAAGCUGUUGCUUCCAUGUAGCCUCCCUGCCUUUUAACACACCUGGUCUGAAGCAUCUCCAAAAAUUCCACCUCCAAGACCAUUAAUAAUCAUCCCUACUACUUUCACAUAAAGAGCUACUCAAGACAUGUAAUAGACACUUUUUAGGAUUGUUUUUAGAAUUAACAAAUAGAUUUCCAUGUUGUGGUGCACCUGUUUAAUUACAGAUCACAGAUGACAUUAAAAUGUGAUGAGAACAAAAAAGUGGCACAGGAGAUGCAGCUGAGUGUGUCAUUGAUGUCCUUACUUCAUUUUGAUAUCAUCUGUGAUCUAUUACAGACCUAUGGCAACAUGGAGCGUAUUUAUUUUGUAUCAUCAAAAAACAAAAUGUUUUCAAGGGUGACAUCAUCUAUGAGUUUGUCCUUGAAUAGAUCUUAAGUAAGAACCAAUCAAAAUGCAGGUAUAGUUUAACAUAUCAUAUUACAUGUUAGUGAUGAUGUGUGUUACAUGGCUAGCUUCUUAGUUGAUACCAGUCCAACUUUUAGUGUCUGUUUGACAUUUAGAGACAAAAGACACUCCUGGUGGAGCACAAGCAAAAAAAUAAGGUUGGUUAUUACAUUGUACUUCUAUCUAUUAGUUUUCAGUAGUCUAAAAUUCCAGAUGAUAUUCACAUCACCUCAAUCAGGCAAAAUCAGAUGUCUGUUUGCAGGUACCAUCCAUAAGUGCCCUGGGCAUUAUUAAAUUUUUGGAGCUUGAGAGUGGGUACAUAUUCAAAGAUGGAUGUUUAUUAAACAUUCACCAGUUUUUGCACGCACAUGGAAAUUGUGAUUGAAUCUUUUAGGAGAAUUCCAGUUUUCUUAUAGACUGUCAGACAAUGAGAGAUCAUAAAACAGGAAUGAAAUAAUAGUCAAUACUCCUCUUGUGCUUCUUUUAUUACCUGCAAGGUGGGUGCCUAUUCGAAUAAAUUUGUUAUAUUGGAUAGUAACAUCGGUAAAGCUAAUUAUGAGGGGAUAGAGUUAUGUUAAGGAUAAAUUCUUCUACAUAUCAUUUGCUGUCAAUUCAUAAUCUAACUUGAUAUUUGAUAUAGUAAGUACACUUUUUCUUCCAGAUGAUGUUCAUGACAGGGGUAUUGUCUGUAUUUAUUCCUAGGCAAACAUGUUUAUUGAUCGCCGGUUUGGUGAAUAUGAUGAAAAAAUGUCACUGGAAGAGAAGAUGUUGAAAAGAUUUACAAUGGAAAAAAAGGUGUGGUUGAUCUAACUUUUCCUGAGAAUACUGCAGACUGUGAAGGGUGGAAAAUCUUCUGUAGAUGUUGUUGGUUGAUUGAUAGAGAUGAUGUUUUAUUUACUGGGACUGAUAAAAGCUUACAGGAGAAAUCCUUUAGUGACUGCACUACCAUUUGUAAACCUGCAUUGCAAUUUGAUAAAUUUAGAUACAUGGAUAAUCAUACUGACAUGACUCACCUAUCUUAAAAAGUUCUGUCUCUUAUUGAAGUUUUCUUUAUUGUUAUAAAUAUUAGUUGGAUGUUGUGUAAAAUUACAAUCAAUGUUAGAAAUACAUUUUAUUACAAUCAUGAUAGCUCAUCUGUAGUAGUGCUUUAUAUAUAACAAUACUGCUGUACUUAUCACUUAUGUGCUACAUUCCAGCAGAUGACUGCAAUAUACAUGUACAACAAAUAUAAAACUACAAUGUUCAUUGAAUUUAUUAUACAUACUUUCCUAAGAAGCACAUUUGUCUGACUUUCAUGAAAAUAAUUGAAAAACAAAAUAUGAUAGAUGUAAUAUCAUUACAUAGCAUCACCAUGAUCGGCAUGGAAAGUACAGAUUGGAGGACGAAGAGCUGACUCACUUAGGACAAUCACUUGGUGAUAUUGACAAGUUUGAAGAUGUGCAGCUGAGUGAUGAUGAUGAUGAUGACGAUGAUAUGGACAAAUCUGCAGAAGGUAAAAACUGUAGAUUGAAUCAGUGGUUUUUUUGACUUCCAAUUAGUGACUGAUUUUGUUGUAUGUAUUGGUAUUGACCAGGUUGAUCUAGGUAAGUGAGAUGCAAUUGCACAUCUACAUAAACCUCACUCUAGCUUCAUGACUUUUCAUCCUCUUUUUGAAUACUUUUGGAAACACGUAGUGUGAUGAUCCACCCACUUCCUUUACCAGUUGAUCUUCUCCAAUUAACUUUAGAGCCCUAAGAGUGCCUAGCAUCUAAUUUCUCCUUACAGUAUCAUCCCUGAAUCAAACACAAUGGUCAUGAGAAUAAAGAACAUGAUCACCAACUAAAGACAUUCUUGAUUGUUGAACAAAUUCUUCUUUCCAGCACCUUAGGAAAUGCAAAGAGAGCAAUAUGGAGAAUUUGCAUAUUGAUAUUAGGGUGUAAAGGGUUAAUUGUCUUCAAACGAUGGCAUUGUCAUAAAAAACCAUUGGCAUGAUGCACAAGGGGCAGUUAAUACCUACAUGUAUAAUGUAAUUUGAGUUGUUACAAAGAGGUGUCUGUUAACCCCACAAUGUCUUUGCAGCUGAUCAUGUUAGAGAGUUGCAUUUUGGUGGUUUUCUCACAAAGAAAAGAGCAGAUGAUGAGCAGGUAAUAGUAUUCUUACUGUCAUAUUUUUUCAACAUCUCUACCCUCUUGAUAUCAUUAGUAAUUAUCCCCACUACCUGUUACACAUUUCCCUUUGGAGAAUAUACAAGAAUUUGUUAUUGUAUCAUUUAGAAAAUACCUUCUACAAUAGCAGGUAUGUCAAUUGUUAUCUCCAGUUUAGGAAAUUAUGUUUAGAAAUUACACGGGGAAAUUGCAUGAUAAUUUUUUUUGGGAGUUGUAAGGUUAAAUCAUGUGUUACUCUGGAGGAGUUAACAGUGCAUGGAUUGAGCUCAAUGAGAUUAACCUUCAUUUGUUUGUUAAAUAAUGUACAGGACUGUUUUGUUUCCAUACAUAAACUUAAGUUUGUACAAACCAAGUGAAUAUGAUUUAGACUUCAGGAAAACACAAGAGCAAGAAAGAGAUCAUGGAGGAAGUGGUUGCCAAAGCAAAGAUCAAAAAGGUAAUCAUGUUAGGAUAAAACUUACAAAUUAUUUUUGUUUUUAGUUGAAAAAAAUGUCUUUGACAUAAACAGGAUCAGUACCCUGGAAUCCAAAUAUUUAACAUUGAUUAUAUUCUUAUUUAGAACAUAGUUUGAAUUACUAACAUUCAAGUUAAAUGCAGCAAUUCUAAUAAAACUUUCUAACAAUUUUUUGAUAUUGCAUUUCCAUUGUAAAAAUUUUACUUGGGUGUUUUUUGUCAGCAUGAGCGGCAAAUGGCCAAAGAAGAGACAAUCACCUUAACAGACAAGCUGGAUCAGGAUUGGAGGAACGUCAAGAAUCUAAUUUCACUAAAGGUGAACCUAAGUUGGAAAUCUUGUUGCCUUUAUUUAACCCUUUGCACUCUAAUGUCAUUAUGCACAUUCUCCAUACUGUUCUUUAUAUAUUUCCUAAGGUGCUGACCAGGAGAAUGUGUUUAUUGGUCAAAAGCUUCUUUUGUUGGGCAUCAUUUCCUUCAUUCUCAUGACCUUAAUGUGUGAUUCAGGGGUGAUAUUGUAAGAAGAAAUUAGAUGCUAGCCACUCUUAGGGUUAAAAGGGUUAUUGAUACAGUGGUCAAUAGUAUUACUUUCAGUAUGUUAGAAUGGGACUUUAACAUCAGGCUUAAUGGGAGAAUCUCAGUCUACUUGCUUUUCAAAUCCCAUUUUUGUGUCAUCUCAGCCAUGCUUUUAAGAAGAAUUCUCCUAUGUCAAAAGAGGCAUAAAGUGUUCAAGAAGGUGACUGAUGUGUCCUUUCAGCACAAAGAGGCUUUCACAAAAGACUUUUCAAUUGACUGUGUUUAAUUAAUAUUGCAGAGGCCACACACUGAAGAGGUUGUUUCCAAAGUAGAUGAUUACGACAUUGCUGUCAAACAGUUGGCUUUUGAAAUUAAAGGGAAAGUAAGUGCAAAAGAACAUGUCCCUUAACCCUUUACAAGCUUACAUUAGUAUGCAUUUUCUUUAGUGUUGUUCUCUAUACAUUCCCUGUGGCACUUGCAAAGAGAAUUUGUCAAACAAUCCAGAGCUUCUUAAGUAGACAAUCAUUUCCUUCAUUCUUGUGAAUAAAUGUUUAUGUUGAUAGGUGAUGCUGUUGGAUCAAUUAGAUGCUUAUUACUUUUAGUGGUUAAAGGGUUAAACAACUGCAAAGGAGGUUGUGUCAUGACAGAGUUAAGUCAGUCUCAGAAAAUGAUUUAUCUGAAUAUGACUUAUACUUUGUGUUUUUAAGGCCACUGACAGACUGAAGUCAGAACAUGAGAUUGCCAAAGAAGAACAGGAACGAUUGGAAAAAUUAGAGGUAAAUAUAGCCAUUUAUCCUGUGAAACGACAUCAGUCAAGGAUGAUAUUAUUACGUUUUUCUUUUUACUUUGAACAGUAGUUUAGGAGUUAGAAUAAUGUUUGGAGAUUCUCCUUUGGAGACAAUUUGUUAGGGGGUGGAAGGAACAUGUUUUUUCCCUAGGAAGAGAACAUUGCAAGUAAAAUGUAGUAGGAGUGAUCGAUGGUAGUUUUUUUUUUUUCAAAAAGGUUAUUUAACCCUUUAACUCAAUGAGUGACCAAGACAGAACUCUCCUCAUAAUAUCAAUACAAUAUCAAGCAGACAAAGGAUGAGGAAAAAGAAAAAUGUCAAUGAGGGCAUCAUUAGUUGAUUCACUACCAAAUUCUCAGAACAAACAUAGUGAGAAUGAUAUGGCAGACAGUAAGGAGGAUAAAUAAUGACAUCUUGGGAGUGAAAGGGUUAAAGUGUUGCCAUGGGAGUUUUCUCUCUAUUUACUAAUCAUGAUUUAGCUUGAGCGUCAACGUAGAAUGAGAGGUUUACCUGCUGUGGCUGAGAAACCAAAGCAUAUAUCAGCUGAUGACCUUGGUGACAGGUGAGCAAUUAUGAAUGUUUUGGUGUUGUUUUCAGAUUAUCACUGAGAUUUUACGCAAUAUACACUUGUCAAAGUCAUAUACAGGAAACAUACACACCUUUAUUUCCAGGGUAACACGGUCAGAUGCAAAUGUAACUCUGAUAUCAAAUUUUGUUGUAAUUUGCUUGCCAGUUUCACACCUGCUGUAGAUGAAAGAUUCAUGCUUAGUUACCAAGAUGGAUCAGUACAUGAUAUGGAAGGUAGGUACUCUAAUUAGACAGUCAGUUAGUCAGUCAAGUUAAUUUUUUGUCAGCAAUAAUACUAGUGGCUAUGUUUCUCUCAACUUUAUUUUUUUUGUCCAGUCAUCAUGCAACUCAGAAAUUCAGUGGUUAGCAUAAGGGUGAAAAGAUGAAGUUUUCAAUUUUCAUUGAAUUACAUAGGCAGGGGAGAGGUGACUUGCCUUAGCAUAAUGAUUGUAAAGCACUAUGGAAGAUUAGCUGAAUAGGGCUACAUUGAUAUUUUUAUUAUUAUUAUUAUUAUUAUUAUUUGUGCUGCAUUUGGCUUUAGUUGGGACUCAGAUGUGAAUUGACAAACAAGCUGACUUAACUAUUUUAAUUUAUUACAACCUAAUGUUGUACUUUUUAGCACUUCAUGCACAGACACAAACAUUGAAUCUAAAAGGAAGUCUCAGCAUCUUUUUAACCUGUUCCAGGAGUUCAGACAGCGCAAAAAGCUCUUGGUAACAAGCAGAAAAAGGAGGGAGAUUUCCUUUUGCAGCUAAUAAUGUAGUCUGCAGUGCAGGUGUAAUUUUGAUGAGCAAGUGCUCAGUACUUUUCUUGGUGAAAAUUAUGACUGCUGUUCUUGCUUUUAACAGCAAUAAAUAAUAUUUGUAAUAAGGGGAUGAGGGAUGGUCAAAAGGAAAGAUAGGGAAGGGGGUGGAUUGAAUGUGUGGAAAAGGUAGAAGCCUUCUGUAGAUUUUGACUAGUUCUGCAUGUCAUUCUUCAUGCACCAAGCUAAGUUCAGGUAACAUUCAAUGACUCGUAUCCAUAAUACCAACCCAUUUGUUGCAUUUUCAAUCUCUAAGAUGAAGAAGAUGAGGAUCAGAUAAGAAGAGAAGCUGGAAACAGUGAUGAAGAAUCUGAGGUAGAUGGGGAGGAAGAGGAAGAAGAGGAAGGGGACAAUUCUGCUGCUGGCGAUGGUAAUGAUGAUGAUGAUGAGGAGGAUCAAGAUAGUGAAAGCUGUGAAGAUGAUAAUGGUUCUGACCUUGAAUCAGAUGGUAAAAAAGCAAUAAAGUUGUGUUUGUGUAAAAUCUAUGGAUUCAUGUUAAUGUUUGGAAAAAUACAUUUUUUUCUUUUAAUUACAUUGAAUGAUGCAUAAUUAGGGUUAGGGUAGUAAUGAAUAAAGGGGAUAAGUCUCUAAAGAAAAUGUGGUGCUGCAUCGGUGGAAGAGUAUAACAGGGUAAAUUGGUGAUUAAUUAUCAACUGAGUUGAUAAGUUACAUAAAUUGGCCUCCAUAAAGAGUUACAAAGCUGAUGUUUGGAGUGUUGGGAGAAUAACAUAUAAAGAACAUAAAGGGGUUGAAGAGAACAAAAGCUACAUCAGUGAGCAAAACUAUCUCAUGCAUUUACAUUAAUUUUUUUUGUUUAUUGGAUCUACAGUUAGCAAUGAUGGUAUGGAAGAUGAGGCCGACUCUGAAAUUGAAAUACCAGGAAAUCAACAGCAACAACAAAACAAUGUGGUAAUUGACAUUGAAUUUAAUUUUUUAUAUUUCCUGAACCAAUAUUUAAAUUAAUCUUCUGCCAAUUAUUCUUAUGUGAGUCUGAAUCUGUUAAACCACCAGCAGCUUAUCAGUGAGGUUACUUAUACUUCUACCAUAUACAAUGUUUUGUCUCAGUAUUCCUUAGACAUUUUCUUCCAAUACAAACUCAAUUCUUUCCUUCUCUUAAUCAGACCAUGUUUGAUUUUUUUAAGCAAAAAGAAAAGACAGAGGCAGAGGUUGUUGAGCCAACAAAAGAAGAACUACCUUUUACUUUUAAAGGUAAAUCUGAACCUCCCACAUUUUCCUUACUUAUCCAUUUAUCCACUUAUCCAUAAAAAAAAAGCUUCUUGAUGGCAUUAGAAAAUGAAGUUUGCUAAUUCUGGCAUCUGGAUCCCCAUUGAUUUACUGAUUGCUUUUUGCUUUUAAUUUCCAGCACCAAAAUCUCUUCAAGAAUUUAAGGAAUUCAUAAAGGGCUGGUAAGCAAAAAUGUUUUUGACUCAGAUGAAAAAAAUGUAUCACGAGUAAACAGUAUCAUAAUUUAAAGUGAUAAGAAUUUACAGCAGUACAACAAUUAAAAUGUAUAUAGUGAACUUCAAGGUGUUUUAAGGAUGAAGUUUCUGUUUGACUUGGCAAAUAUGUGUCUUCUCUUUUACUUGUAUCUCAAAGGUCAUUUAAGCAACAGUUAACAAUCAUUGACAGAAUCAAGGCAUGCCAUAAUCCCAAGAUUACCCCUGCAAAUAAACCAAAGAUGGAGGUAAAGAUUAAAAGAUAGCUUUUUUAGUGUUGCUGUUUUAAGGCUGAGACUCAGUAGGCUGCAUGUUGUGGAGAUAAAUUACAGCAGUAAGUCCUCAUUUGUGACUGUCAGAGUUUUUUUUUACUUUUUGUGAAUAACUUUGUCUGUGUGACCAGUCACACCAAUCUGGUUUGAAUUUGUACAACUGAUAGCAGUAACAUAACUUUACCAUAAGCAAAGUGAUUGUCUACCAAGGUUUGUCAUAAUGAGUUGUUUUAGAAGUAGCACAGAGAGCUGCCUGUUGUUUCAAGGCAUCUUAUACUGCAAAGUGCUGCUCAUGUAGUUUAGAACCUGUAUCAGAGCUAUUGUGACUGGAUACUUGGGAAUGAGCAUCCCAAAUGUUUUUAUGGUUGGCAAGAAUGUUCUUGUUCUCAGCUCUCAAUGUCUUUCUAUAACUCCAUAUACAGUGUACCCUUACCGGCUUAUCUACAUUUGCCAUCAUUGACCAAAUCUGAUCACUGUUGACUGGGUUUGGUGUCAUGAUAAGCAUUUUGGAGUACCCAAGAAGUUAGAAGAAUUUCUGUGGUCAUCAUUUUGUCAUUGCAACAAUUAAUAACUUUUUAAAGGUUUUGUUCACCAUUUUGUUGGAUUAUGUCGGUGAACUCUCCCAGAUGGGUCCUGAAGGAAUCAAGAUGAUUGAUGAGCUGUCAAGGUAGGCGUAUUUUCUUGUAGCUGAAUUUUACGCAUCCACUUUUUGCCUUUUAAUCUAGCGCCAGUGAAAAAGGAUUGUAAUUGAUUUUAAAUGAGACGCACGGAAAUCUCAAUGGAAGGACAUUUUUUUAGCAUUCCUGUUGUACUGGAGAAAAAAUAUUUGAAUAACGUUGGGGAAACACGACAGCCUGCGAGCUGGCUUAACAGACGGCAGUGAGAGGUUUUAUAUACGUAGCGGUAGGCCGCUGGUAACCAGCUUUUAUUGAAAUGUUACUGAAUUUGGGACAAGAUGAAAGCACCUCAACCAUGUUUAUCCCAUCGUUUUGUGAUGAUGCGUUUAACUCUUGCGUUGCAGACAUCUCUUUGAUGUAUCCCAGUACUCUCCGGUACACUCCGCCAAGUGCAUGCAACAGAUUGUAGAGGAUAUACACAAGAAAUUCACCCAGAAUUGCGACAAACAAGGCAAGAGUGCUUAUGCGUGAUUCAUCCCCUUGUCUUUUCUUUAAAAUUCCUCACCUUUCCUUCCUGGCCUGCGAGCAGGCCUGCGGACAGAUUUGAGGCUAGUCGGCGAGAGGUUAACUGGGGUCUGGCGUUAUCAGUGUUAGAUCGCUGGCAGACCUUUCGCAGGCUCGCGUUUCUCAUGGCCUCAUGUUUUCCCGCGGGUGAAGAAACGCUCGUGCUGAAGUGCUGAUAAUGAGGGCCUGCUCGCAGGUUAUUCCUUCUCUUCUAACUUUACUUUCUUAUUUUUAUCAUCUUCAGGUGGAAAAGGAAUGUUCCUGGGUCUUACUGAGGUACGUCUGUCUGUAAACAAGACUCAGAUUGGCCACACAGUUCUUUGCGGCCAAGUGAGGAAAAUGACUCUGAACAGCUUCUUUCGCCGCAUAUUAUGAGCCAUAAUUAGCAUCAAAACUCGCGCUCUUCGCUCAGGAAAUUGGAUUCAAAGUCAGAAAAAUUAGUGACUUAGCUACGUGAGUGUUACGCGCACCUAGUGCUGAUUACGCGAUUUGGUUUGAGUUUUCAGUGGUUCACUAACUAAUUCACCUUAGUUAAAAUCGAUGUUGCAAUUCCUUUUUCGAAGAAGAACCGCGUCAGCACCACGCACAGGAGGCAGGAGGUGUUUUAUUUCUCACCUAACUCAUCUCGUUAUUUCUGUGCUAAAUAAAUCAUGGAGCUCUUGUUAUCAAUGUGGGAAUAGUCUGUAAGGCUGCCCAUAGACGCAAGCUCAAUACACAAACGUUAAACGCUCUGAAAGGCCAUCCUAACUUUUUGAUGAUAACCACAGUUACCAGUUGGUCCUAUUCCCUGGUACCCGGAACAUUCAUCCUCCCCCCCCUCCUCCUUCCCUCCUCCCCCACCCUCUCCCCCCACCCGAGUUACCCUGGCGAGCUAACUUUUCUUUAAGCUAUUCAACCAACUGUUUACAUGAAAAUGGUGAACUCGUCUCGGGGAGCAGUUUUUCAGGCGGGACAGCCUUUUUCUUUAUAUAAACACUUCAGCUUGCCUACACGAGACGAGACGGCUGAAAAUGUUUCCUUCCGUUCGCCAUUUUGUCCAAUAUGCACCCUUCGUAGCUGUUACGAGGGAGGUUGGUGAGGGAACAGCUGUUACAAAUCCAACUCCAUAUAAACGCUCCGUUAAUUGGUAUCGAGGGGGAGGGUUGUACUCGAGACCAUUUAAAUAUUUGGUACAAAACUUGUGACCUGUACUGAUGGAGCAAAGGAGGUCCCUGAAAACCGUAUCCCUCUAAAUCCUCUAUAUCCUCGUAUAUCCUCGUAUCCCGUAUCCCUAAACCGCCUCACUCUUCAUAUAAGAUUACUCCUAUUCGUGUUUGUUUCAAUUCUUAGCCCAUCUGAUCUAAGAAAAGUUAUCGUGCCUCUGCUUAGCUUUGUUCACUUUCAUGUUGGUGAGUUACUGAAAAAAUUAUUGAAAAUUAUCUUAUUUUGUUUCAGUUGCUUUAUCUUCGCAUCGUAUCGAUGUUGUUUUCGACGUCAGACUUCAGACACGCUGUUUGUACACCAGCUAUGGUUCUUCUCUCCCAGGUUCUUGGCCAGGUAGGAGUUACAGGCUGAUGUUGUUUAUCCGAAAUGUAUGCCGUGAUAUAAACAGUUGUAUACGGGGCAUUAUGGUACACAACCAGUCAGAGAGGAAAGGCGGUUUGUUUCUAAAGAAACUGUGGUGCUGCGUCGGUGGGAGUGUAUAACAGGCCAAUUUAUUAUCAUCAAAUGAAUUGAGAACGUAAAUUGGCCACCGUGAAGAGUUUCGAAGCUGACGUUUUGAGCGUUAUCCCCUCGUCAGAGCGUUGGCCCAUUCGCUCUGACGGAGAGCUGCCGCUCGAAACGUCUGCUUCGAAACUUUUGGUUUCCAAUAUACGUUAUCAACUCAGUUGAUAAUACUAAAUUCUCCAAUCAGAGAAGAGUAUUGCGCUACAUUACGUCACCAUCUUGGAGGUAAUUUCGGCUUUAUGAUUGUUUUAAUUAUACCACGUGGUAGAAAAUACUCUUCUCUUAUUGGCUGUGAACCAUAGUCCCCCCCGUAUACUAAUGUGAACGAAGAUGGUUUGUUUAUAUUUGAAGUGCUAACUCUGAAGCUGUUUUUCGACUGAACCAUUUCAUGACUUUGCCGCUCCAAACCCUGAGUCCAACUUCAUUGAAUAACUGAUGUUUUUGUUUGCAGAGUCCUGUACGGUGCAUAAGAGAUGUACUUAGGGGUCUUUUUGUCUGCGAUUUGUUUUACGAGGUUCGUUUGCUGAUUGUAGUUUGAUUAUUUAAGUCUUUAUACUCCACCGUCAGUAUGCAUAUUCUUCUUACUGUUCUCUAUACAUUUCCUAUGAUAGUGACGUGGAGAAUCUGUUUAACAAUCAUGAGCUUCUCUGGUGGGAGAUCAUUUGCCUUAUUUUCAUGGGCAUAAUAUUUGAUUCUACAGUGAUACUGUAAGGAGAAAUAAAAUCCCAAUCACUCUUAGGGAUUAAAGGGUUAAUUUUUUAACUUGUGCAAACGAGUUUUUAUGGGGACUCUGACUUGCAAAUGGUAAGAAGUCGUCCCUAACUCGCCCGAACACGAAACCAUAUCGGAGUAGUAACCGCACAUAAACGAUAGAAAGCCUUUGUUACAGUUCAUACAGUCUUGGUGUUAAUGUAUUUUGCAGUUCGUAUCUCUCUCCAAGCGAUUCGUACCUGAGGUUGUCAACUUCCUCUGUGGUAUUCUCUUUAUGGCUUCGAAGAAAGAAGUCCAUACCCGUAAGUGUCCACUUACUCAUUGUGUAUUUCAGUAUUAAAACAUUCCCGUGGAAAAUUUGGUAGUUAGGUUUUGUUGCCCCUUCACUCGUCCUUAGGCGUCUUCAUAACGCGCGGAGUACGGGGGUGUGGUGGGUGGGAAAGUGGCUCGUCACACCUUGCGCUCCCGCGUCGUCAAUGCCAUUAAGAAGAAUGGGGACGAGUCAGUGUCAUGGUAAUGCUGUUUUGCAGUAUUCUGCUGUUUAUCUUUUUACCGUGUUGCUUCUUCUCCCGUCAUCUCUUACCUUAAUCUCUGUUGUCCACCUUGAAUUCUUACUCCUUUACUCUUUAUUCCUCCUUUUUUCCUCCUAUUUCUUUCCCCUCCUUCUUCAUAGAGCAUUUGCGCUUAAAUGAUGUAUCGAUUUUCACAGCUCAGCUUGUUCUCCCGUUUAAACACAGCAGCAAAUGGCGCGACCUUCUCAAACUUCAGUCAGAUUCAAGGUAAGUGAUAAAGCUCGUAAUCUGCUCGAGAACCCAGUGCCAUCUGUGAGUACUGUUAUUUUACUUUGAACAGAAAGCAUCAGGUUGCUGGUAAAACCUGGAAAAAGACACAGGCUUAUACAAACAAACAAACAAACGACCAAAGACGCCCGGAAUAAACGUUCACGGUAGUUUUAAACUAUUUCCCUUUCCUGAGAAUUCAACGGAUCCUUGAAAGACUCUUCCAGUAGCAGUGAACACAUUUAAUUCAAAGGUUUUAUCAUACACCCUCCUGUCCUGAUUUACGCCCAUAACGUUAGGAGAUAACUUUUUCACCUGCUAAUGGUCAGUUUGACCGACCGGUUUCAGUUCUUUGACCGUCAAGCCCUUACCGCUGACGACUCUGGGAGAAAGCACGGCAGAUGUACAGACGACAGAUGAAACAAGGUAAAGAACGAGCUUAAAGCAUUUCAAGAAUUAAAAUUCGGCCAAUCCACAGCUGUUCUUCCUGAUGAGUUUUUCUAUUAUAUUGGGCAACUGGCUAACACUGAUUUCUUGCAGGCUUGCCGCAACGCAAAGAUAGCGCUUUGUAUUAAAAUCUGAGCAAUGAGAAAUGAGAAUCCUGUUAGAUCAAUCGCCAUAUCCUUUCUAAACUCGUAAAAGACAGUUUCCUUGACCUUUUUCUGUGCCUUAACUCCCCGUCCUUUUUCCAGGGGGGGAAAAACUCCUUUCAGGUGGACAACCGCUAUUAAGCAGGUCCAUACAAGAGUGAUUUUCUGUGGAUCCCCCGACGUCAGUGCUUUUGGAACACUUUUAGCCUAUACAUUCAGACCCGACUAACUGGUUAUCAAAUUGUCCAAUUUUUUUCAAAUGAUGUUAUAACAAUAAGCGACCCCCUCUUUGCCAAUUUUAAUACAGAGUUCGAAAGUUACGAGAUGAAAGCUGAAUCACUUGAGGUACAUUACUUAUACCCACCCUUAAAUUUCUGAAAUAAUUUUUUGCAGGCCUUUUUGUCUCCGUUUUGAGACACCCACACAUUUUUUUGUUCUUUACUCCUACUUUAGAAUCGUUGUUCCAGCAGUCCUUCAUCAACGUGCGAAGGGGGCAGAGGUUACUUUGAAAUAUCCCCGGUUUGCUGUCGGGCUUUUUGAGCAAUUAUGAAGUGUUUUAUUUUUUCUUUCUGCAGGGUUAACUCAGUCAACCAUUGCUUGUCCAUUUUGCAAAAAUUUGUUGAUUUGUACCAGGACUUACCCGCAAGUUUUGAGAUAUUUUCUCCUGUGAAAGAACAUUUACAAAGGUAAGGGAUGAGUGAACCAAAGUUCACAGGUAACUACAAGAUUAUGAUAAAUUUUCUGAAUGAUUACAAUUUGACCAUAAUGGGUGUGGCAUAGUACUAAACAAGAUUUGUUUGAUAUUUCAGAAUACCUUCAGAUCUUUAUCCUACUUCUGUUCAGGUAACAUAGGGCAAGAAAAGUGUUUUGAAUGAAUUAGUUUUACUAAAAAAAUUAGUGUCUGAGCUCAAAUACCAACACUUGUCGACAAAACUUCUUGCUUCUUGUCACACUGUUUUAUUGAUUUAUGUUGCUUAAAUGUGAAGUUCUCUGAUUGCUCCACUUUCCAAUGCUCUCAAGCGUUGUUUCUUCCUCAAUUUAAUUCCCUACAUGUAUUUAGUGAUUUCUUUUUAAUUUAAAAGUAGCGAUUGGAUUAACUUUGCUUAACCCUUUACAACACUAACAUCAGUAUGUUUAUUCUCCACACUCUUCUCUAUACAUUUACGAAGGUGGUGAUAAGGAGAAUUUAUUAAACAAUGAAGAGCUUCUUUAGUUGAUGAUCACUUCCCUUAAUGUGUGAUUUAGAGGUGAUAUUGUAAGGAGAAAUUAGAUGCUAGCCCUAAGGGGGCUAAACCCCUAAGGGGGCUAAACCCCAAAGGGGGCUCAACCCCAAAAGGUUAAGAGAGUACAAUAGUUCACUGCCUCUGUUAAAGAAUAAAGAAGUCCGAUUUUCAAGGGAAAAUUGCUCUUGCUGUUGAUGCAAUGUGUUGUUCUUUAAAUCAGAUUUAGAAUGUUGGAUUUGUUUAUUUCGGUCGGGAACUGAACACUGACUCUUGCUCUUUUUCCUUUCCAUGUUUUAUUCAGGAAAUUUACCGCAACCUUCAAACGAGAACAAAUGAACUCUUCACCAAGAGCCUGAAUCGUAACCAUCUCACGUUACAAGCGCGUAAACCGGAACCUAUCAAGACAUACGAACCAAAGUUUGAGGAGCAGUGAGUGUGAAUCAUUUUUACAUCUUUUUCAGUGACUAUCUAUUCGCUACUGUUGUUGUUUGAGUGAAAUACUAAAUCAAAUUAAGUCCAUUGGUUGGGGGAACGGUAUUUAUCAGCCAAUGAACCCGGCUAUAACCUUCUCUCUCUUGUCUUGAGAGUAUAAAGAAAAAACGCGACUCUAUCCCCGGGUAUUUCUCUCCGAGCUGCCAUCUUUGUGUUCCUUCCAAAUUGCCUUAUUCAACCUUUUUGCAAGAGCUCAUUGGUACGUGAUUGAACCACAGUUCAUAUGUGGUAACUGUUUGUUUCAUCAUGUUUCACUUCUUCGUUUCCGCAUCGUCUCGGGUUGACAUCUGCUGAUUAAAAAAUUUAAACAAAGAGAGAAAAAGCAAGAGGGCAAUCAUUUUCGUGUGCAGUUUGUAAAGCCCCGCCCCUGUCCCGCCCAAUAUGGCGUCACUUACUUAUGUUGUCGAUCGCGACGUCAUUUGUAGUCGAUCGCAUAGCAAGCGAUAUGUUUUCAGGUUCUUUGUAGAGAAUCAUUUUUGUCAUCAACGUUAUUCACUGUGUUUACUUUACAGUUACGAGGUUCGAUCAAGGAGAGGUACCGGGAACAAAGCAACGAACGAAAAGCAGAAGCUACGAUACAAAUACAAGAGAGAAUUUAAGGUGCAGCUUCUUAUUCAUUCUUUGUGUCAGCAUAUUUCUAAAAAAAUAUAAAGUUUCAAUUCCAACCCUUUCCUUUGCACUGGGCACUUCUGGUGACCAGAAAUGGUUGGUGGUUGGGUUAUUAUUUGCGUUUGAUACCAGCUACCAUUCUGUGGAACAUUAACAGUUCACGAUACAGAAACUCGGAUAAACUACGAUGGCUGUGAUCAGCUCAUUACAGCAUUAAGGUCUCUUUUGCUUUGUUGGUGUGUGCUGUCUAAGAGAGUGUUCCGGGAUGUUUUUUUAAUGGUCACAAUUACAUUGGUCAGGUAUGAGUCUUUUCAAAAGUGCGAUUUUAUCCGGCUUAGGGAAAAGUGUUGCCCUGAAUUUUCCUUAAAAUAUACAGCAAGUACCUCAGCCCUUUAUUCCUUAACAUCAGUAUCCAUAUUCUCCAUAUUGUUCUCUGUGUAUUUCCAUCGGUACUGACAAGGAGAAUUUGUUAAACUAUUCAAGCUCCUUAGGUUGCCGAUCAUUUUCUUCAUUCUCGUGAUCUUAAUGAAUGUAUUACUGUAGGGAGAAAUUACUUGCUGGUCACCCUUAGGGUUAACUAUCAGAAGCAAUAUCGUCGUUAAGCUUAUGGUAGAACAAUAUGUGUAUGUUGUCUCUUGUUACAAUUUGUAGGGCGCUAUAAGAGAAAUAAGAAAGGAUAACCAGUUCCUAGCGAAACAAAAGCUGAAAGAACAGUUAGAGAGGUAAGUCGAAUUGAAGCAUGCAUUUUUACUCACUCUGUACCUUGUGGUUAGUCAGAAGUUGCAACGAAGGAGGCAGCUCUUCUCUUUGGUCCAAAAUGGUUAUUCCGAUCACCUUAUUCACUGCUGUUUCAUUCAUAUUCCUCUAGGGACACAGAACGUUUGCAUAAAGUCAAGCAAAUUGAACAUAUGUUGUCUAACCAGCAAGCGGAAACCAAUGCCAUGAACCGGAAGAAGAGGAAACGAGGAAAGUAAUAAGAGAAUAAACGUGAACCGAACUGGCUGGUCACGUGUUCUCGUGGCGUCUCACUCAACGAUGGACUUUCCGUGAACCUCCGAUACGAAAUUAACUUAAUGACGAUUUGUCUUCUUCAGUCGCCGUGAUUUUUCUUCUCUGUCUCGGAUCAUUUAGCAGCCUUAUUGACCACAACCGAAAAGCUACAGACAGUUUGAACAACCAUUGGGUUCCAUUUAGAACGAUGAGUUUUUUUUUAUUCAUCCAUGCAGUAUUUAGGUUCGAGCAUAGACUUGGGGCAACUCAACAGUCGCCUCCAACAGGAAUCGAUCGAUGGUCCCAUUAGGCAGUGAGCUAAAAAGUUAUGAAAUAAAAUUAUUCUCAAC